GCCCGCUCUCUGGAUACUAAACUGCAGCAUUACUGUAAAUUGUGAUAAUUGAUUUCAAUUUAUUCCAUGUCGUUGGCACCGUGUGUGCGCCAUAGUCGACGACGAUGUUUGAAUCAAAAGCAAAACUUCGCGCGCAUCGUGCAGUUGCGGACUCCACCACUAACGCAGCCGCCGCCGCAGGAACUGGAACGGACUCGAGCAAGAUGCUGCUAUGCCGUGCCUGCCUGGUGCUGCUUCGACCCGAGGAUGUGUACUACGAUCUGUUUAGCGAGCAGGGCUUGGCGACCAAAUUCUUUUCAUGCACCGGUGGCGACUCGGACCUGCACAUACAGUUGAGGGAAGACGAACAACUGAAGGAUGAUGUGCCACAGCAACUGGUGCUGAAAAGCAUCUGUGAAUGCUGCUACCAGUUGGUACAGAAAUUCCACGACUUUCAACGCAUGUGCGAAGAGUCCUCCAGGAACUUUGAGAAGCUACUGGCGGUGGUCAACUCUCAGGAAACCGUCCACAAAUCCAUCCAGGAGCCAGAUGUAACCAACACCAGCUCUAGUCUGGCAGCAUACGAGACUCUGUCGGGGGGCGAGGAAGAGGUGCUUGCGAUUCAGGAAGUGAGAGCCACAGAAUUAAUAGAAGAAAUUGAGGAAGUCUACAUUGUUGAGGAUGAAACAGAAAAGAAAAAUCUGGGCAGGGAGAAGAUACCCAUAUCGUCGAGACAAAAUGUGCCCGGGCAACGCAAACAGGGACUGAGAUAUACGCUUAAUUGCAGCAAAUGCAAUCGGGGAUUCUACAAAAUCUCCUCGCUCGAGGCACACAUGAAGAAACACGAUGGGAUCAGUCCUCACACGUGCGUGCACUGCGGCAAGAGCUAUGCGCGGGCAAACCUACUCGAAACACACCUGCGCGAGAAGCACUUGGGCUCCACUCAGAGCAUGACUUAUCCGUGUCCCAGGUGCAAUAAGGUGUACAGUGCCUCGCGCAGUCUCAACUAUCACUUUAAGCGGGAGCACAAAAGUCAGCACAGGCAGGAGCUGCCAGCCGCCAUGCACAUGUGCGACAGGUGUGGCAAAGCGUAUGCGCGAAAGGCGAACCUUGUGCGCCAUCAGUGGGUGCACCGGAGUCUGGAUGAGCGCCAUCACGUGUGUCAGUUCUGCGGUCAGCGCUUCUACACGAAGCAAAACAUGGUGGAUCAUCUGCAGCGACGUCACACCAGCAGCAAGAGUCUGUUGAGGUGCAAGAAAUGUGGACGCAUCUUUCGAUCUCGAGCGGUGCUGGCCGUGCACCUAAGCAAGCAUGCAAGUGCCACAAUAGGUGGUGCAAGGCAGAAAAGGAGACGUUCCUCGAUCGUUAAAGAAUAGUUAGUUAAUAUUUUGUUUUUGUUUUAUUUAUAUGGUGGUUUUCAAUAACUUUUAAGCCAACUCAACUAGUUACAAUGAAUUCGAAUUACUACAAAAUUUAUUAUUACAUUUAGGUAGAUGGAAAAAUAAAGUCCUGCGUUGAAAUAAUCAUGAGAGAUGACGCGAUAUUUGCACGAUGAGUGAGUAGGUGUUGUUGUUUUUCGGGGUAGAGUUUUCUUUUCUUUCUUUAAAAUUAGCUAACAUUCACAUCAUUGCGGGGCGCAGCAUGAAUCAAUUCAAAUGCAAGUCGGUUGGCAUCGAUGAUUGGUUGAUCUGCUCUGCUUGCAUAUCUCAAAAUCAUGUAUAAAAAACAAUUAACUAAAAUUUAUGCUUAAGCUUAAAAAACGGACAGAUUUAAAACUUACACUUGUUACACCAUACCAUGACACACAUUUAGAAAUCAGUUAAUUUGUUU